UUCACACCUACCCUAUCUUAGUCAGUUUUUGAGUUUUUCAAUGGUUAUGAAUGAAGUUAAAAGCCCUCAAACCCCAGAAAAAGACGAUACACUUAAAUGUCCAGAUACUAAGGAGGGCGCGCACUACUUCUGGAAUGUAGAUCACCGCCAAAAGGGUGAGACUAUGGAGGAUGUGGCACUUCAACAUGGUAUCAGCGCUCGUAUAGGGGAAAGAUGGAGGCAUGAACGCAAUCACUUUGGAGAUGCACGGCGUGUAAGAAAGGACAAGGCAAGAGAGAAAAGAACUAAGCUUGGGAGGCCAUUCACAGUACCUCUGAACAAGAUUCAAGCCCUCAUCGAUGAUGAAAAAGCACCCCUGAAUGUACAGGCGCAGCAAAUAAGUGUCAACCUCCAGCCCCGCUCUCUUCAAUACAACCUAUCCAACAGAGAGAAUGCUCAAAACAAGACCUCGAGGGUUCAGUAUGGGGACUUCCAUGAACACUACAGCAUCUUCGACUACUGGCAUGCUGUUUGGUUUACCGAUAAGGCUCACUUUAAUCCAACAGAGAGGCUUCAAAGAACUGGGAUACUCCGGAGGUUCAAGAUGCAUGAUUGUCCUUUUGAUCUACCCAAGAAAAAGCAGAAAAAGAAGAGCAAGCUUACUCUCCACAUGAUGGAGCGAUCAACUCGUACUACUGUCACAGCGCUGACCCGGCACUGUACCGGCACUGAGCCGGAGCACCAAUCAGAGAGCGCCAGGUCAAGAGAAGGAUUUGGUGGCCAAAACCAGGUCAAAGAUGUUGGGCUGGAACUAAAUGGAUGCUCAAACAAGUCCUGA